AUGCUUAAAAAGAAGUCCUUGGCUUCUUCCUUUUGGAACUUUACCCCCAGUACCACUCCGGAACUGUCCCCAACCUCUUCCGACAGUGACUCCGACGAGGACAUGGAAUCUUCUGGCUCCCGACCCGUCAGCCUGUCCGUCUCGUCGGGAGCCUUUUGUCUGAUGCGUCCCACCCUCAACGAGGUGUUGGCCAACACCGCCCCGCCGCCCUACACCCUCAGCGCCUUCAUGGCCUACCUCUCCCAGAACCACUGUCUCGAGACAUUAGAGUUCACCCUCGAAGCGAAGCGGUAUAGGGAAACAUACGAGUCGUUGGCCGAUCGGUUGGGUGUCGAGACCAUCUCCGCCGAUCUCCCCGAAAGUCAACACCUGCGUAUGCUGUGGCAACGCCUGUUAAUGGCUUAUAUCAUCCCCGGUGCCCCGCGAGAAAUCAACCUCUCCAGUGAAGUCCGUGACGAAGUCCUCGCCUACCGCGACGUUACCACGCCCCCGGUCCCGGAAGCGCUCGACUCCGCCGUCAAACGCAUCCACGACCUGAUGGAGGAGUCAAUCUUCCUGCCCUUUCUCAACAGCCACGCCACCUCUCCCUCAAUGCUCCCCACAUCCGGCUUCCCUCUUGACCACGAACUGAGCCUAUCAAACACCAUGCUCGACGAACAUCCAAUGAAGAGAAUCCGGUCCCGGGCCAGGCGUAUCUCCCCCAACUCCUCCACCAAGGAUCUCCCCUCCACAGCCGGCCGCUCAAGUUCCUCCCUCAGCGCCGUCCACGCUCUGGGCAAGCGUACAUCCGGUGUUCUCCUCACCACAAGUGCCAGCGGCGACUCAACUUCCCUGGCUCUGACCGACGACUCAAGUCCCCAAUCCAGCCCAACCGUCGAGGAACCCAUGACACCACCCACCACACCCCCAGCUAGCGAGCCUCAUCUACCCACUCACAGCCCCAAGCUGCGAACCGAAAACCCCUGGAAGAAAAUGGGCAUGAAGUUGGGCUUCAAGAAGCGCCACGGGCCUGGCGGUUCUCGUGAUCCGAGAAUCCUCGGUCUGGACGACUAA